CCGCUCGAUUGCCGCUUUCAUUGCUCGGAGACCGGCCUUGUCUGGAUAUUUGCUCGCCGGCACUUCUGAUCGAGCUGCGAGGGACAUCUCCUUCUUCGCUCUUGAUCAUUAGCACCUGCUAUCGAGUGCUGAAAUCUCGCAGGGAUGCAUCAUCACCAGCACCACCAGCAGCAGCCGUCCUUCUCUUCGCCCAUGUACCAUCACGUUGGACAUGGCAGUGGUAGUGGCGGACAGCCAGGCCCUGCUGGCCACCAUCAUCCUCCACAUCCCAACGUGCACCACGGCGCUCAGCACAUGAUGGCUUCCGUACCUUCUCAAGGUCAUCACCCAUAUAACUACCCACCUCAUUCAGCUUACCACUCUCAGGCUGGUCCAGCGUCAAGUUACGCCUACGGGCCGCCUGGCGCCGGCGCUUCAGCCCCUCCUCCGCACUCGCAUCACCAUCAUCAGCAGCGGUCAUCCUCCUUCUCUUACUCGCCUCCAAUUCAAGCCGAUCAGCUGUCCUCUCCAGGAAACUCUAGAGCAAGCGCCGGCGCCGCAAACGCAUCGAGCUCCAACAAGACAGUUGUCAGAGCAGCCUGCCUCUCAUGCCGAUCAGCCAAGCGCAGAUGCGAUGGUCAACAGCCUGUAUGCGGGCCCUGCAAUGCUCGUGGUGUGACAGAAGACUCGGGGCAAUGCCAGUACGUAGCCUCAAAGAGGGGAGGCCCACGCUUCAAGGGACAUACUGGAGAAGAGGCUAAGCGCAUCAAGGCUGAGAAAGACAGGCAGAAGCAGCUUGAGCAGGAGCAAGCGUUUGGAGGUCAGAGGAUGAGCGUCAGUCCCGAGGCAUCACCAACUCGCAGCAUGAGUGGAAGCGGACGUCAGUGGCAUCAAUCGUCCUCCAUUGCCACUCCGUCAGCAUACGACAACUACGGCAAUGGCCAUGUCACCAGGUCGAACAGUAGCAGCGCAUCCAGGUCAGAAGUAUCUGCGAGUCUCGACGAAAUCAACAUGAAUGGAGCCCGAGCAUACCCGGGCGUCUCGUCGUCAUCCAACAGCGCUACGUCGUACAGCUUUACCUCGCCGGACCAUUCAGCCAAUGAGCUGGAUAUGGCCUCCUCGUCCAAGAUGAGGAUGCGCACCCAGCCAUUCGCCUAUAACGGCAUGCCCGACAUGACGUCCACACAGCAGCAGCAGCAGCAUCAUCAUCAUCACCACCACCACCACCAGCAGCAACAGCAGCACCACUCGAUGCUGCAGCAGUCCCUGCCGCCUCCAGCACGAACACCUCUUGCCCCUCCUACUUCGCACACGCCGGGCAGCUACUUCUUCCCUACCGCUACUUCAUCCAACCAAUUUGCCGUUGCACCACCGCCAACCAUGCCGUCUGUUCCGCCCGAAGUGCAAGCUCAGGCGCAGCUGCGAGCAACACCGUCCAACGCUCUCUCAUCCGCCAAUCUAGAGAUGUGGCAGAAGCUGCAAGAAGACGCUGCCGCCUUGGGCUUGACGGCCGACCUCAGCGACAUCAGCCACUUCUACAGCAAGCUCGAGACACUCCCCAAAGCAGGCACGGCUGCCAUCGACAACCACGCGCACGAUGAGCGUGACGUCAGCGCCAAUGGCGGAGGCGGCACCCACGAUAGCAGCAUUGGCGGCGGUACGGGCACCGGCACCGGCAAUGGGGCCGAUGGAGGCGGUGACGACAUCGAGAUGUUCUGCCAAGGCCUCACCUUCGACCCUGACCUCGAGCCUCACCUCCUUGACGCAGCCGACAGCGAACAGCAGGCGCGAUUCCUCCUGACUGCUUUCUUUGACAAGGUCUACCCUUCAGCUCCCGUCCUCGUCGCUCCGGAGAAUCUGUCCUCGCUAGCAUUCUGGUUCUCAGGAAAGGGACCUUGCGCCCUCUACGCCGCUAUUAGCGCCCUUGUGGCUCUCCGCCUGCCAGAGGAGGAGGCUCACCGUACCCUGCGAGGAGGGUAUCAACGCUCGCCAGACGAGGGAGCCAGGCCGGGUUUGACGACCCGAGCAGAAAUUGCCGCGCACCACGCUCGCACCAGCGACUUCCUCCUUCGGCGCUUCUCCCAACAGCAAGCAGCAGCAGCAGCAGCUUCCUUCGGUCUGGACCCUCAGGCCCUCUCCACAGGCUGCGACCCAGACGAGACGGGCCGUGCCCUCUGCCAGGGCCCGUCAGAUCCGGAACUCCUCCGCAUCGAAGCUGCUGCUGCGCACACUUUGCUGUCUCACUACUUCUACGGUGUGGGCGGUAAAGGGAGUCACAAGGCCAGCCACGAUCAUGCGCUUGAGGCCUGGAACUCCCUUCAGGGUAUCAGAAUUGAGCUGCAAGAGGGAGUCCCGCCUAAAGACUUGCUGACGACGUCGCAUUUCAGCUGGGAGCAGAAGCAAGAGUGGGCGAAGCGAGUCUUCUGGACUAGUUUUGCCGCUGCGGCCUGCACUGCGGCAACAGGUGGGUAUGCGCCCAUCCAGUACUCACUAGAUGCUGUCGCAGCAUUACAACUGAGACCGGCGCUCGAGAGCGAUGUAGGCGCUUGGGGCGUAUUCAUUCGCGGAGCUCAGCAUGUCGCAAGAGGCUAUACGACAUUGUGGGAGUUUGAUCGCCUUCUCACCGCCGAGCGGGACCCGCAGCAGGCCCUCGCAAAGGCCAACGACGACCCGCAACGAGCCUCCCUGUUGACAGAAGAGGACCGUCGCCGAGAGAAGAUGCGCAUCUUCGCCGACUUCUCCAAGCUGGACCGCGACAUGACAGCCUUUUGUACCUACGAUCCUGCCUGGCGCCAGUCGUUCACGCCGGAAUCGCCAUCAACCCCCAGUGGCGGCAUGGAAGGCGCCCGCAACAAUCCACUCGGCUUUGCCCUUCGCACGGCGGGGAAACUCAUGACCGCAGGCAGCACGAUCAUCAUCCACCGUGGACAGGCCUACGCGAAUGCCAACAUCUUCAUGUCGAGCCAGUGUGGGCUCAUGAGGGCAGGUGGGGCCAGAGGAAGAUGUGGACCUGUGGUCGGCGGGGAAGAAGGGGCUGAGUCGGCGGGGAUUGGCUUGCAGGCGCCAGGUGAUGGUCACCACGCCGGUAAGGUGGCAGGCGUGGGCGCGUGCUCCGUCAUGCCUCCAGAUGCUGGCAAUGGGGAUGGUAGCGGUGACAUGGACGACGAACCUCCAGGCAGCAUGAGCGCUGGUCCGCACCACCACCAUCACCACGGCAGCGCCUCGGUCGACCCAUCCGUCGCUGCGCUCGAUGCAACCUUCAUCGGCUGGGGCGCUCAGCCUCACACAGCGCCUACUCCCCCCUCUGCCGCUGGCACGCCGACUACCGGGCCGCAUCCUGGCGGGUACUACGACGGCAGCGCGACCAACACGGCUAUGGCUGCCUUUCAGCAAUUCCAAGCUCAGCAGCAACAGCAGCAGGCGCAGCAAAACCAACGGAAAAAGGGAUCCAUCUCUUCCAGCAUCGGCGGUGGACCUGCACCCAGUGACGAAGGGACAGCUCGGCGCACCUCCGCCUCUUCUUCCCAGCAGCAAGCGCAUCCACUCUCUCCCUUUGGCGGUGGAAGUGGGAGCAUGUCUCUACCCUCUGGACCGAGCAGCAUCAGCUACAAUGCUCCUCCCGGCUCGACUCCUCCUGCUCAGCCUGAAGUGAUCGGCAAGGACAAGGAUCGCUACAAGCACGGCCCCUUCGAGCCCGAAGCCUCAGCCCGCAAGUGUCGCUGGGCGGCCAACUCCAUGCUCGAGUGUGUUGCAGCGAUGCUUGCGCCUGAUGCCACCUCCUCGGCGCCAAGCACCGGCAGUUCAAGCGUCGCGCCAGGGGCGACGCAUGAUAUCAUGGGUACUCCCUUCUCCGAGUCUCCCACCCUUCCACCUUGGGCGGCAUGCACGUACGUGCUGGGCGGGUACUGCCUGUUGAUGCAGUGCUUGAUCACUCAGGCUAGCCAGGCUUGGAAGUCAGCCCAUCGCCCAGUAGAAGGAAAUUCCGCCGGCGACGGCGGCGAUGCAGACAAAGCAGCCAGGGAGAGAGCAGCAAAAGAGGAGCUUCAAGGCCUUCGUGGACAUGUCGUGGCGAUUCAUCGACUGCUGGAGCGCUUUGCACUGACUUUCGAGGUUGUGCAUGAAUACAAGCGGGAGUUAGGCGUGUUGUUGGAGAUCAACAAGAGAAUCGCGUAGAGGGUAAGGCGAAGGAAGGCAUUACCAGGGCAGGGUAGGAGAUGAGGGCCUCGACGAUGAAGACGGCGGGCCCCCUCUUCAACCUCCAUGGGAUGCACCGCUCGUACACGCUCCCAGACAAGCGCAAGCACACGCACACAUGAUGUCGCUCGCUCAACACUGCAGUGCUCGAUCUGUAUCAUCUCUCUUUGUUGUUCUCGCUUCUCUCGUCUCCUAGACGCUCAGAGCGUCUGAAAUCAAUCUGUUCACCCACCUAUCUGCUACUUGCCGUU